AGUCCUGCCCACUGUCCCUGGACCCCGCUGUAGUGUAACUCCAUCUGCCGCUUUCUCUUCUAUUGUAUUUGUUUUUAUCCCACAGCGGAUGUGCUCAGGGCCACUGGAGACCUACCAGCACCUUCGGGCCUUCGGUGAGAGCAGCCUGGGAGCAGGGCUGGGCUUUGUGUUCCCCAGGGACAGUGGUUCUGAUGGGCCAGGAUUAUUGACAGCAAUGCUGAUUACUUUCACAUGUUCAUUUCUCUUUUUCUCUUUUUGUUAUUUGGCCAUACUUGGCAAUUGUGAGGCUUACCUCUGGGAUGCAGGGGAUCUACCCAGGUCAGUCAAGAGCAUGGGAAAGCCCCCCACGUGCUGUACUAUCGAUUAGCUUCCUGUGAAUAGUUCCUUCCAUUGCUAAAUGAAUCUACUUCUUGUACGACCACAGGGGCCCAUGGGGGGUGCUGUGGACUAAACCGGGUCAGCACCUAUAUGGCAGAUGUUCUACCGUACCUGGCCUGCAACUUCAUUUUUUAUUAUUUUUUUUCUGUUUUGAUUGUGUUAGGGGCCUACACCCAGCAGUGCUCAUGGAUCACUCUGGCUGUAUAUUCAGGAAUUUCUCAUGCCAGUGCUCCUGGCCCAUAUGGUUGCGAGGGAUCAAACCUGUCUCUGUGUGUCACCAGGUGCCGGCCCUGCUCUAAGCGACAGGGGUUUCUGGGGUGAAGCCUGCAGUGAUCUCCUGGCUUGAAGGAGGAGCCCUGAGGCCAGGGAGAAGAGGCAUGUGUGCAGAAAGGAAAUUGCAGCUUCAUGGGUUUUCACUGCACCAAUUUGAUUUGGGAAUUGAGUCACCAAAAAUGAGUGAGUUGGAACCUGCUCGCGCACAUCAGUUUGCAAAGCCUCCCCUACUUCUCAUCUCUCCUGGACCAGCGACCCAGGCUAUUGGGGGUGCAGUUUCCUUCCCCGACGUUGCCGUGAGAUUCUCCCUGGAGGAGUGGACAUGCCUGGACGCUGAUCAGAGAAAGCUCUACAGGGACGUGAUGCUGGAGACCUACCAGCACCUGCAGGCUGUGGAGCCAUACCCAUGGAUAACCAAGGAGUACUCACAGCUCAAUGCUCAAGGAUCCCUUAUGCCAGGUCUUGGGAACCCUUUGAUGUGCCGGAAUAAGAGGCUGAUUUAUUCAGGGGAGGUGAUCACAACUUCCUCUUGGCUCCGUGCUCCCGAUUCACCGUGACCAGCCUGAGGGGCCUCCGGGAUGUGCUGACUCCAUAUCUACCCUGGAAACUACAGUGACUCGGGUCCCAGUACAUGUGUUUCCCCUAUUCUGUCCUUCCCACCCUGGAGAGGCUCUCCUGCUCAGUCACACAGUCUCACCUUCACUUGCUGCUGUGUGCGCAGUUCUGGGCAUGCGCUGGUCCCAGGGAGCAAAGGAUCUCUGGGGCCGGCAGAGGCCUUCCAGAUUAAUCCACUUCCCUGCUUUGAGAGGGAUUGAGAGCGGCCCUGAACCCUUAGUUCAGAGUCCUGUGGCACUCAUGUCCUCGCCCAGCUUUGAGUCGAUCACUGAGGAUGAGUGUCCUGUUCCUGUCCAUAGUGAUCAUGGGCUGUGGCGUGCAGGGCAUGUGUGUUUAGUAUUUUGGCCUCACCCAGCAUCACUUUUUGGGUCCUGAUGGGUCUGUGCUCAGGUGUUCCUCUCUGCAGUGCUCACUGGAACACUGGUGCUGGGACAGACCCGGGGUGUUUGUGUGCAAGACUCACGCUCCCAGGAACCUUCUAGUAUAGCAUCCUCACAUUUUACCAGUCCAACCGCUUAGAGUGAUCUCUGGGCCUAUCUACUGGAGUUUCACAUGUAACGUGGUUUCUCCCAAGGCUAUUGGCUCUGAACCCCUCUGUGGCCCAGGGGGGCAAGGCAACGGGUCCUUAAUAAUGUCCCCCUGUGUAACUGACUCAGAGCGUUCCCUGAUGUGGCCGUAAGCUUCACCCCCAAAGAGUGGACAUGCCUGCACGGACGCCUCUCAGAGGAAUCUCUAUUCCCCCUCCCCCGCCAAACCCCUUAGUGUCACCUUCUGCAGCCUCUCCUCAGUCACGCGAGGGCUCACCCUCUCACCCCCACCCCUGGACACCUUCCCUCCAGCUGGCCCUGACUCUUCCCCCACUGAUGGUUUCCCCCUGGGGCAUCACUGACCUCCUGCUCUCAGAAAGACCCUGUCAUUUUCCAGUUCUGCCCUGCUCGUCUCCUCCUGCCUGGGCACACAGUCACUCGGCCCCCUGCCUUCUCUGAGGGUCCCAAGCCCCCUGAAUCCUGCACACGGUACCCAGUCUGUCAUCCCCACUUGCAUCCAGUUCACCGCAGGACCUUUACACCUGCUGCCUCUCCCUUGCAGUACACUCUGACUUCAGGAACAUUUAUUCCUUGACUCCAACCCUCACCCGCCCUUCUCCCCUUCUCACCCAGAACCUUUCCACUCUAUAUCAGGGGUGACCUGGGGCUUCCCUAGCUUUUUCCAUCAACUUAGCUUCUCAGGUGCCCCGAGGUACAUCUGAGCGAGCCCCUGCCUAGAGUCUUGGUUCUGGGUACCCCGGUCAUAUUUAUUUGUUGGAAGGAACGUUGAGAUUGACAGAGAAGCGCUGAGUCUGCAGAACCGGCUUCCCCAGCCACCAUGCGGCUCCGGCAGCCGCCCCCUCCCACGCUGCCCCUUAUUCCCGUUAUUGGUGGCUGUGGGUCUGGGGCCCACGCCAGGGUCCUUUUCCUGGCUCUCAGCUCACGAGUGCCGCCUAGCGGUGGGAUGGACUCCGCAUGGCACUUCCCCUCCUGUGUUCUUCCGUCCCUGGUGGUGCUGUAGACCCUGGGAGGUGCCCAAGAAUAGAACCCGGGUCGGCCGCGUGCAAGACAAGCACCCUCCCUGCUGUACUCUUGCUUGGGUCCCCUUUUUUUUCUUAAACAGCCUUUAUCAUCAUCAUCGUGUAACAUUCUGUUGUGUUUCAUUUGUUCCCACUAGGACUAUUUUUUUGGGGGGGUCACACUCGGCAAUGCUCAGGGGUUACACCUGUCGGUACUUGGGGGACCCUAUGGCAUGCCGGGAAUUGAACCCAGGUGGCCGCGUGCAAGGCCAGUACCCUACCCACUGUACUGUCACUCCGGCCCCUCCCUUUCCUGCCCUUAGGCCCUCCUCCUGCACCCACUACCCGUAAUUCUGAGGGCCCCUCUGGACUCCUAGCUCCAGUCUUAGGGAUUCAGCUCUUGCAUUCUUUGUGUGUUUGUACAGAGUUUGAACUCCUUAAAGAAUGCUAUAAUUUGGGGAGAUUUGUUGGUUUGCUUUUGGGGUCCACUCAGCACUGCUCAGGUUUGACUCCUGGCUCUGUGCCAGGGAACUCUAGGGGGUGCUGGGGAUUGAACCCGAUCCACACACGUGCAAGGCACACACCCUGCCCUCUAUGCUGUUUCUGCCUCCAGUGAUGGCCAUUUCCACAUACAAGUCUCUGUCUCCCCUGAUGAAUACAUUUCUGGUUACUUCUUGUUUACAAUCGAGAGGAGGCGAGCAGAACCACAGUAGAGUGGGGAGGGUGCUUGCCUGGCGUGCUUCUGGCCUGGGUGUGAUCCCUGGCA